AACACGAGAGCAAGGCCCGAGGUGGCAUCAUGUCUGGGUGGAGGUGUCUCAGCUGUGGCAGCUUUCUCCUGAGCAUUCUCCUUGAACUGACAAACCAGGGACCUCCUGGCCCCCUCUCAUCAAGCACGAAGCUUCUGAUGACGAGCUAUUCUGUGCGCUCCACUGUGGUAUCUCGUUAUGCCCACACUUUGAUCACGUCUGACCUGUUCAAUCCACAUGCUGAGACACAUGAAGCCAUCUUUGAGCUGGAUUUGCCUUGCCUCGCCUUCAUCUCCAAUUUCACUAUGACCAUCAACGAUAAAGUAUACAUUGCGGAAGUCAAAGAGAAGCACCAAGCAAAGAAAAUCUAUGAGGAAGCCCAUCAGCAGGGAAAGACAGCUGCUCACAUAGGCAUCAGGGACCGGGAAUCAGAGAAGUUCCGCAUCUCAACUAGCCUGGCAGCAGGCACAGCGAUGACUUUUGCCUUGGCCUAUGAGGAGCUCUUGCAGCGGCAACAAGGCCAGUACCAGCUGGUGGUAAGCCUGAAGCCCGGUCAGUUGGUAACCAGAAUGAGUGUAGAAGUCACAGUGUCUGAAAGGACAGGCAUUGCCUUUGUGCACGUACCGCCGCUGAGGACGAGCCGCCUGCGCACCAAGGACAACACAAGACAGGCUGACUCGCCGCCAUCGACGAGGAUCGAGAGGGGAGAGACCUGCGCACGAGUCACCUUCUGCCCGACUUUGCGAGACCAGGCUGCCUUCUCUGGCUCAGGCAUCAUGGCCGACUUCGUGGUGCGGUACGACGUGCUCAUGGAGGACGUCCUGGGAGACGUGCAGAUCUACGACGGCUAUUUUAUCCAUUACUUUGCGCCCCGAGGCCUCCCGCCUGUGGAGAAGAACGUGGUGUUUGUGAUUGACGUGAGCGGCUCCAUGUUUGGUACCAAGAUGCAGCAGACUAAAAAGGCCAUGAAUGUGAUCCUCAGUGACCUGCAAGUCAACGACUACUUCAACAUCAUCUCCUUUUCUGACACAGUUAGUGUCUGGAAAGCUGGAGGCUCAAUCCAGGCCACCAGCCAGAAUGUCCACAGUGCCAAGAACUACCUGGAUCACAUGGAAGCUGCUGGCUGGACUGACAUCAAUGCAGCUCUGCUAGAAGCUGCUUCUGUGCUGAACCAUAGCAACCAGGAACCUGGGAGGAGCCCCGGUGUGGGCAGGACCCCUCUUAUCAUCUUCCUGACAGAUGGGGAGCCCACAGCUGGUGUGACAACACCCAGUGUGAUCCUCUCCAACGUCCGCCAGGCGCUGGGCCACAGAGUAUCCCUUUUCAGUUUGGCCUUUGGAGAUGAUGCGGACUUCCCCCUGCUGCGUCGCCUGUCCCUGGAGAACCGGGGAGUCGCCCGGCGUAUAUACGAGGACACUGAUGCAGCCCUACAGCUGGAGGGUCUCUACGAGGAGAUUUCCAUGCCUCUGCUGGCAGAUGUGCGUCUGGACUACCUAGGUGGCUUGGUUGGGGCUUCCCCUUGGGCACUUUUCCCCAACUACUUUGGAGGCUCGGAGCUGGUGGUGGCAGGCCAAGUGCAGCCAGGCAAACAGGAACUGGGCAUCCACCUGGCAGCUCGUGGCCACAAAGGUCAGCUUCUUGUGGCCCGCCACAGUGAAGAGGUCACCAACAGCAGCCAGAAGACCUUUGGUUGUCCAGGGGAACUAGCCCCCAAUGUGGCCCACUUCAUCCGCCGCCUCUGGGCCUAUGUCACCAUUCGAGAGUUGUUGGAGGCACGCUUCCAAGCCCGUGACACCACUACUCGCCAUCUGCUAGCUGCCAAAGUCCUCAACCUAUCUCUUGAAUACAACUUUGUCACACCUCUGACUUCACUGGUCAUGGUGCAGCCCAAGGAGGACAGUGAGGCCAAGAGACAGACUUCUACCACAGCUGGUCCAAGCACCAUCCUGCCCUCAUCCAGCAUCAGGAACAGCCUAGGGACAAGCACAAUUCAAUCAGGCUUGAUGUCCAAGGUAUCUUCCAUAUCAAGGUCUGCAAAGCCAACCUCAACUAUGACCGCUUUUGCAAAGAAGAUACCCACUGUCAAAGAGUUGGAGCCACUGAGUCGCAGCCCUAGUACCUUAUCAACCCCCACCCACUCAAAGCCCAAAACUCCAGCACAACAGGAUUCUGGCACUUUAGCCCAGCCAACUGUCAGGAUGAAAACUGCUGUCCCUGUGCCUUCAAAUUCUGGUGUUUUACUGCCUCGGAAGCCCAGCACUCCAGCACACCAGAAUCCUGCUACUGUAUUACCCAUGAAUUCCAAGAAGCAAGUCCCACCUCUGAAUCCUAACACUCCAUCCCAGCCCAAAGCUGGCACUAAGAAGCAUAUACCUCCAUUGCAUUCCCAACCUGGUGUUCCAUCACAACCGAGACUCAAAGUCCCAUCAUACCCCCAGCCUGGAGUUCUCACACCACCCUCUCCUAAAAGCCUGCCACAACCCACACCAGGGGCUUCCACACUUCAGAUCCCCAAACAUCCAUCACAUAUCAGACCAGCUUCUGCUCUCAAGAAUCCAAAUGAUCUGCCACAUCCCAAGACCCCCCAAAUUACAUCACUUUUUAAGCCUAGUGCCCCACCUCACCAAAGUUCCACAAGCUUAUUGCUUUCAAAACCUAGGACCCUAACCCCCCAUACACCCAAAACCCCACUGCCCUCUAGAUCUGCCAGGCCCAGGACCCCACGUCUCCAGAACCUAAGCACACUCCCAACCACAGUCUCAAGUCCCACAGUUCCUAGCACUACUGUGACCAGCACUGGCUUUGGAGAACCCCUCCCCACUCCCUUUACCCCUACCGUCCCCUCUCUGUUACCCACUGGAAGACUCUGGCAUCAGCAUAACCUGCUGCUGGGGUCCCAGAGCACCAGGAAAGUUCUGGGACCAUCUGUGGCAGGAGUCCCAACAAUGAGUCUACCUAACAGCUCCAGGCCUACGCCAGAAGGCAGCCCUCCAAACUUUCCAGUCUUGCUGCCUUCCAGCACCCUCCCUGAGGCCAUCAGUCUGCUCCUUCUCCCUGAGGAGCUAAAGCUGCUGUCUGAGUCCAUGGUGGAGGCCAAGUUUGUGGAGUCCCUGGACCCACCAGCUUUCUAUACCUUCCUCACUCCUGAUGAAGAUGGAAGUCCACACUGGGCUGACAAAUCUGAGGAGAUCCUGGGAGGAGCUGGAGGCAGCGUGAAAUCUCAGAGAAGUUCUGUGGGGCUAGCAAAAGACAUGUUGCCGAGCAUCUUCACAUUCUCAUCCUCAGUGGAUGGUGACCCCCACUUUGUGGUCCGUAUCCCACACUCAGAAGAGAGGAUCUGUUUCACACUGGAUGGACGCCCAGGAGACGUGCUGCAGCUCAUAGAGGAUCCAAAAGCAGGGCUGCACGUGAGUGGGAGGCUUCUUGGGGCACCACCAAGACCAGGGCAUGAGAACCAGCCUCGCACCUACUUCCACAUCAUCACAGUGACUACCGACAAACCCUGGGCUUACACUAUCACCAUCAGUCGCAGUUCCAUAUCUGUAAGAGGAGAGGGUGCCCUGCAUCUGUCUUGGGAUCAACCUGCCGUGCUGAAGAGGCCACAGCUGGAGCUCCAUGUGGCUGCUGGAGCCCGCCUCACCCUCCGCCUUGGGCCCUACCUUGAGUUCCUAGUCCUCCGACACCGCUACAGACACCCAAGCCCCCUGCAACUGCCACAUCUGGGGUUCUACGUGGCCAAUGGCUCAGGCCUUAGCUCCUCAGCUCGUGGCCUGAUGGGGCAGUUCCAGCACUCAGACAUUCGACUGGUGACAGGGCCUUCAGGGCCAUGCCUGCAGAGGCAACAUGACCCAGACGUGCCUGUGGUUCUAGGCAAAAAGCUGCUGAAGGAUUCACCAAGGCUUCGACCCCGCUGGACUUCCUGCUGGCUGGUGAAGCGCUCUCAUGUAGAGAGGCUGCUGGGCCAGCCCUUCCUCACCUAUGUCUUGUGA